AUAGGGAGUGAGAAAUCCCCUAUGGACAGUGGGAAUGUUUCAGUCAAAAUAAUGGACGAGAGCCCCGACCCUGACAUUGACUCGCUCCUUUCACGGGACAAGAGACGCUCCGACCAGCUCGCACGCAACGCUGCUGGCAGGGGCAGGCCUGCAGCUGCAAACGCGGCUCGGGAGAGGAACCGGGUUCAAACACUGCGACACGCUUUUCUGGAACUACAGCGAACUCUGCCCUCAGUUCCUCCAGACACCAAGCUGUCCAAACUUGACGUGUUGAUACUGGCCACCACAUAUAUUGCCCAUUUGACCAGGAUCCUGCAAGAGGAGGGGAUGGAAGAUGGAGAGGGGACUAGGCAUGCUGAUGUAUUACACUCUCUCAAAGGAGACGGCUACUUGCACCCUGUAAAAAAAUGGCCAAUGCGAUCCAGGUUGUACAUUGGAGCUACAGGACCGUUUCUGAAUCCAGGUCAGGCUGAAAAUCCAGUCCAGGGUGAAUCAUCAUCAACUUCACAGACUUAACUAACAAUCAGUGUCUUUUUUUAUUUUUUAUUUAAUGGUCAAUCCUCAAACACAAGAAUCUACAGCCUUGUAGGAAUAAAGAUUUUCUGGAACAUUCGCGCUCAGCCAUGCAUACUGAUGUCAGAAAUCUGAAGUUCAGUAAGAGGUAUGCAAGGUUAUGCUAAAUUCCUUUGUAUUGCGACAUACUUGUGACAAACCAGUGUACAGGACUGAAAUGUGGAUUCAAUGCAAUCACAUGCAUUGCUGUUGUUUUAAACCUCUGCCAGUAUUUGAUGGUGCAAUGUCAUAUACCGCUAAAA